UUUUUAACAAAAACAAAAUAAAUAAACGAAAAUCUACAUUGAUUAGUUUAAUAUUUCAAUAUACUACGCAGUGGUAGCAUUCAUUUUAAAAUUCGCUGUUAUGAACUAUGACGACCCAAUGCCGCUAUUGGCUCAAAGAACGUGGAUCUUCGUUCUUUGAUUAGCUGCAACAGGCGGCGGCCAGCUGGCCUCACGCGGAACGGAAGCCUGGUCCAUGGUGCUGACAGUGAACGCGUCUCCUUCUGAGUUUGACAUUUAUUAUGAGUCUCCAUGUCGCCACCAAAAAAGAAAAGGACGACAGACAUUAGAAGUUAUUUCGCUACCUCGGCUGUAAGUACAGUGAGUGGACCCAUAAGUUAGAUAUCUAUCACGCAACGCAUUUGUUGUAAAGUCCGGUGUUUAGUAAGGUCAGCACUGAAUGUGAGGUAGAAUAGGUCUGUUAAUUAUGUAAUAUUUUUUCACAUAGGAUGUUCAGACAGCAGAGCAAGGGGCAGAGCAGAACGAUGGAGAGGUGGCUGGAGCUUCAGGGCUCCAGAGAUAAUAUAAUGGCUGCUUCUCCAUUGCUGGACAAACCAUGGAGGGAACUACAAUGGGGAGAGAAGCAGAAGGAACUUCAGUAUGUGAAGAAGUACAAACCUGAAAUUGAAGACGUUAAGCAUCUUCGAGUCCUCAUGUUUGGACAUGUUGGAGCCGGAAAAUCCAGUUUCAUCAACUCCGUCAGUAACGUCCUCCGAGGCCGAAUGUCCAUUCCUGCUUUGACCAGUGCGACCACCUCCGACAGAAGCUUCACCAUAAAAUAUGAAACUCAUAAAAUCCACGUAGGACGAGGAACUUCAAAGACAUUUCUUCCUCUGGUUUUCAACGACGUCAUGGGUCUGGAAGACGGGAACAACCGUGGGAUUCAUGCUAGCGACAUCAAACUGGCUAUAAAAGGACACGUAAAGGAGGGUCACAAGUUUAACCCAAUGGGCCCACUGACUAAAGACGAUUAUGGUUACAACCCAAAUCCCUCACUUUGUGACAAGGUUCAUGUCCUGGUCUGUGUGAUGUCUGCCAACGCUUCACAGAUUAAUGCUUCAGUUCUGCAGAAGAUGAAGGAGGUCAGAGAAACAGCCAGUCAACUGGACAUUCCUCAGAUGGCCAUGAUGACCCACAUCGAUGCUGCCUGCGGGGAAAUAGAGAAAGACGUGAAGAAUGUUUACAGAAGCAAACACUUGCAAAAAAAGAUGAAAGACUUCAGUGCAGCAGUGGGAAUCCCUAUGAACUGCAUCUUCCCAGUGAAGAACUACAGCAACGAAAUCAACAUGAAAAACGAUGUUGACAUCCUGAUCUUGAGUGCCCUGAGGAAAAUGGUCGACUUUGGAGACGACUUCAUUGAGAAACAUUUAAACUGUCACCAUCCCCCCAUUUUGCUCCAAAACGAACCAAACUGGGCUAUUUCGUUAGUGCUCCGUUUGUGGAGGUUUGUGCUGUUAAAAUGGUAGUUUGUGCAGCUUUCGUUUCUGAAAUAUUAAAAGUUAUAAUUUUGGCCGAUGACGUCACCAUCCCCCCAUGUUGCACCAAAACAAAACAAACUGGGCUACGCUCAUUAUGAGAUAUUACAUAAUUUUCUUUCAUACGCCAACUGACUUCACCUAAAUUGAUGACUGUGGCCUGCUCUGGACAUAACCACAAAGCAAGCAGUUAUUAAUUUCGUAUUGUGUAAGUUAAAUUCUGCAGAUUUUCAGCUGUUGUACAAUGUGUACCUUCUUUUGUUUUGAACUUCAAUAAAGAUUUAGAACAAGAAGAAA